CUGUGACGGGACCAGGAAUCGGAUUCACUGCUAAUGGAGUGCGUGCAAGAGCCACUACCUGACGUCCCGGAAAAAUAACUGAAGGCUGAGGACAUUGCUAUUACUGUAACUGAUCGCACCGGCGCAUGAGGUUGUAUUUGAGUACAGGAAUUGGCAAAGAGACCAAAAAGACAGGGCUAGUCGGAUAUUCUUAGGGCUGCCGAGUUGCUAAACAAAGAUUUGUUUUCGAGCAAUAUCUCACUGCAAAGCUAGGGAGCUAAAGGGGACUCCGUUCCUGUCCAGAACAAGACUUGCGGAGAAGACCAAUAUACAACAGGGUCAGAUCGCCAAUCAAAUCCCCUCAACACCAGGCCCCAUUUGACAAGGUUUACAGAGAGAGAUCAGAAAAGGGGCGUAAAUAACGACUGGAUGAGGAUAGAUAACAGUCAUCGCAGAAGCGCGAGGUAUGGGCCAGGCAGGUGCCUGACCCAGCUCCCUUACCCGUCUUUUGUCUCAUGUUCAAUCAGGUGCUUCCUUGCACUGCCCUUGGGGGGAUACAUCUCUUGUGGGAUCAGCCCGGAAAAGCUGGAAAGCACCCAUCAGGAGCAGAUUCCGGUCAACGUUCGGGUGCUGAUCCUACCUCGAAAGGGCAUUGGGAUCAUAGGACAUCGAGAUGGAAGAGGGGAGCCGACGACAGAUACCCGCCUGCGCUGAGUUUUGGGCAGCAAUAUCAGGAUUGCGCAGGGCGCAUGCAUCCACUAGGCAGAGUGACAUGUUGUCUCAGGGCUUGGCUCCAUCGGAGAUCAUUCAGCAAUUAUAUCGCAGGAAGCUCGCGGUUAGAGUUUCUUUCCAGCACUGAGUGGGUUAUCCCCACACAGAUCCCGGGUGGAGUAUGGCUGCGAGAAAGAUGGGAUCCAUUCGGAAUCUGGUCGUUGGGUGUCAAGUCGAACACUUCUUUCAAGCCAGGAGCGCCGGUUGGUCCCGUUCGGGUUAAGGGGCUCCUGCCUGAGCCCUCAGGACGCAGCCAAGCAGGUGCUACGGGAAAUCCAUCCUUCUUCAAGUCCCGCCUUCAUAACAAAACGAUUCUCUCCAUUGCCCCGGAUUGGUCUUUGCUUUCACCAUCGAAGCAACUGCCGCUGCACUUAUGUACCGGUGCUGACUCCAUCGCCUAUAGCUUGCGCUGAUCACUGACGGAUCCGUCGACGGGAGUACUAAAACGAUGGGGGCCACCUAAGUCCGACGGCCCAUAGUGCCUACCAUUAUAGUGGUACUUGGAUUGAACAACAUCGGUGGAUCUGAGAAGCGCCAGGUUCCAACAGAUGGCGGCCCGAAAUUGGGAUUCCACGGUGGAGCACGCGAAUCUUUGCCAUCCCCAUUGGGAUCCUGAUGCUUCUUGACACAAGUUGGGCAUACACCUGGCUGCGGGUUUUGUUGCCCAAGCUGCGGGCCAGUCCUCGUCAUAUGUGCCUGUGGAUUGCGGGGUGAUUCAAUCUGGCGACCAGGAAAGGCCGAGAACAAGUCAAUUAUUGGGUCCCUACUUCAGCUCUCGGCCAAGUAAUGGAUACGAAGUAUUGCAAAAGUCUAUCCGGUUCUAUUCGGAACAAUCGCUUCUCGGGGUUCGACCGUUCUAUCAUUCCUGCUGGUGAUGAUGGCGAUAAAUGGGCCAUUUGGAUAGACAAACAAGGAUUACGCUAGGUUAGAGAAGCAAAAGAAAAAAAAAAAAAA